GGAUGGAAGCCAUGUCUGAUUCGAUUGCACAGCAGGAUGUGGCGGAGACAGAGCAUACAACUGAUCCUGUUGGAGUGGUAGAUACAGAGGAUGCUAAUCCAGGAUGGUUACAACAUAUAAAUGUCACAAUAAUCACUGGAUUGAAAAGUUGUAUGGGUGUAGAGAAAAAUGGUGUCCUGCUUUUAAUAAAGAUUAUUUUUCGGGUGGGAUUUUAUCUUCUCAAAGGAGUGAGACCACCAAUCACUCUAUUUCUAGAAGGUUGUCCAAGACAUCUGGUUUGUGUGAUUUUUAUAACUCUUUUGUUGGGGUCAUAUCAGAGUGGAGAAGUAGAGAGAAUGGGGAAGAUGUUCGGUGUUCACAAGGUGUACCCACAAUGGUGAUGGAUAAUGUUAAGAUUCUGUUGCAUGCUAGGGAAAUUUAUACAAUUGAGAUAUACUAUUUGUUUGAAGAACAAUUUUU